AUGACGAAACGGAGAGAUAAAAGUUCAGGCGAGACCGUAAGGAUUUAUGAUGAAGAUAAGCGGUCAAAUUGUACGCAGGUGUCGACGGAUGUAGCCAAGUCCAAAUGGAAACACCUGCGCGACAACUUUCGAAACGAGCUGAAAAAAACCUACCGGGGUAAGUGCGACGGUAUCGGCGGCACCGAGCACGACUCCAAGUGGGUCUGGUUCAAGAGCCUAUUCUUCCUGCGGGACCAAAUGAACUCAAGGGUGAUCGGCUGCGCUUUGUCACAAAACUGCGUCGGGAUGCGUUCCUCGCCGGAUGGCACGCAGAUCGAACCGCAGAUCGACAUUCUUGAGGGCCACGAGGAGACUCAGUUCGACGACUUGGACGGUGACUCUUGCCAGUCAUUGCUAUCCAACGAUGACGGUCUACAUCAGGUGAUGCCGCCGCCAAAGAUGAACAAGAUAAUCAGUCGGAAACGAGCGCUAAUGGACGCGAUCGAAAAUGAUUACGGCGUGGAAGUGGAUCGAAAGCGAUAUGAAUCACUGCAGAAGAGACUGGCGAUCGGUCCGGAGGACGAGGACGACACCUAUCACUUCCUCAUGAGCGUACGAAAUCCCCUGAGAAGCCUGUCGCUCGAUAGGCAGAUGUUUGUUCGUCUCAAGAUCCAGGAGUUGGUCUACAACGAAAUCAACUCGCAAAAUCAACAGCAGCAGCAGACCGCAGGUCGUGGAAUCUACGACGCUUCCUCACACGGCCAAGAUGUGAAACCCCCGCGCGGUAACGGCGGCAAUGGCGUCGUUGGCGGCGACGUCGUCAGCGACAUGGCGAAUCCGGCGUCGUUGCUACAGAACUGCACGCCCGAGGGCUCCGGCGACGAUGCCUUCUUCGGCUGACGAGAGCCCGUUUGCUGUUUAAUUCGCUAAUA